AUGUUUAAUUCGUCAAGCUACAGAACAAAACGCAGACGAAUCAACAAUGAAUUGCUUGCUUUAGAAAGUUCUGAUGAUGAUGGUAAUGAAUUGAGUACACAAAAUGUGACUGAUACUUUUGUUUUGAAUUCCAUUGAACCUUCAAAAAUUAGUCAUAAUAACUUUCAACAACAACCUCUUAUACCUGCUUGGGAGGAAAACAUUUUGGAAGUCAUUGGAUCAACCCAAUCCACACUUAAUAAUUCUAUUGAAAAUACAAAUUCUAAACUACUAGGUGAUGUUAAUGAAAGUCUUAGGAAGUGGGCUACAGAUUUCAAUAUUCCACAAAACGCUCUUAAUGCUCUGCUUAAAGUGCUUAAAUAUGAUGCUGGUCUUUCGUUUUUACCAAAAGAUUCUCGUACAUUACUUCAGUGUAAAUCUACGAAAAUAACAAAUUUAAGAAAUGUAGAGCCAGAAGAUUUUUACUAUCAUUUUGGUUUAAGUGCUGGUAUAAUAAAAUAUUCAUCUAUUCUGUCUUUGCCUGAUGUUAUUAAACUAGCUGUGGGAGUUGACGGAUUGCCUUUAUCGAAAAGCAGUUCAAGCCAAUUUUGGCCCAUAUUGGCUUACAUAGUUCCUCAUCAUGAACAUGUAUUUUCUGUUGGAAUAUAUCACGGUCAUCAGGAACCACAGAAUAGUGAUGACUUUUUAAAAGAUUUUGUUUCAGAAGCAUAUAAAGAAAAAUGUUGUAAUAGAAGUGAUAUGUUGUGA